CCCUGAACACUCGAAUCCAAUAAAUACCGGUAUCCUCACGGGAAAAUCCUAUCGAUAUCCCCCACAGACUCACACACCAUCCGACACCUUGCGAAACCGACCGCCUUCUCGGCGACCAUCUGAACUCCCCCGUACAUCUUCCGAGAAUAUUCAUCUCUAUCAGAAAUCAGAAUGGCGGAGUCCACGGGAACCCCUACGCCAAGGCCUAGUAGUAGCGUUAAACUGGUUCUGCUGGGUGAAGCAGCCGUAGGAAAAUCGUCACUAGUGAUGCGGUUCGUAAACAACGACUUCCAGGAAAAUAAGGAGCCGACGAUAGGUGCCGCCUUCCUCACCCAGAAAUGCAACCUCCCCAACCGAACAAUCAAGUUCGAAAUCUGGGACACCGCCGGCCAAGAACGCUUCGCCUCGCUCGCCCCGAUGUACUACCGCAACGCCCAAGCCGCCCUCGUCGUCUACGACAUCACAAAACCCCAGUCCCUCACAAAAGCCCAGCACUGGGUCGCCGAGCUGCAGCGGCAAGCCAGCCCCGGCAUCGUGAUCGCGCUGGUCGGCAACAAGGCCGAUCUCGCCAGCCCCGGAUCAUUCCCCGCCCCAGGCGACGACGCGGACGGCGUCGAGGCCAACGCGGACGCGGAGCAGGAUGAGUCGGAUGCGAGGAAGGUGCCGACGCGGGAGGCCAAGGCGUAUGCGGAGGAAGAGGGGCUGUUGUUUUACGAGACGAGUGCGAAGACGGGGCAAUAUGUCGCCGAGGUGUUCACCGCGAUCGCGCAUGCGAUCCCCGAGUCAAGUUUGAAAGGGCCAAGAGGUGUCGGCGGGCAAACGAAUCUGGGACGGGACGAUGGCGCACGGGUGAAUUUAGCGGGACCACGGGAGACGGGGCCGAAGGAAGGAUGUGCGUGCUGAGCGAUUAUGAAAGCGUUGGAAAGAUUUUUACUAAUAGUUCUGAAUACGGGCGUUUCGUGAGGCCAAAGGGUGACUCUAGUUAGUCUGUUGUAUAUUCACGGGAUGCGAUAUCCGUAGCGCCCGUAAUUCCAAGACCUAAUGCCUCGUCAUAAUCCCGGCAUUCCAACGAUGGCUCGAACCGGCGCCAUGCCUCUCGGGAGAUAAUAAAUGAGCCAGAAUCCAGCAAGUCCAAUGAUGAGGCCGGUCAACUUCUCGAACCAAGUGUGGAAGUAUAACGCCGUCAUCAAUAACAUCCACCAGCUCAAAGCCAGAUACACCGCUGCGGCCUUGACUCCCAAGCCGCUUACUGCACUAUCAUC